UAAUAUUGAGAAGCUUGCUUAGGGAUUUCGGUGGGAUUGCCCGUGUACUCGCAGCUGCCUCUGCUUACACAUAACUGCACCAGCAGCCUAACACGGAUCCAACAGCAGAUUACAGAAACAGAUACUGCAAGGCAGGCAGUCGCAGGCUUACCGAGAGAGAACGGUUGGGUUCUCGGCUUGGGGAAGUCUCCUAGGUGAUGAGAAAAAAGGCUUUAAGGGAAUAUAAUUACCAUGAUAAAGAAGAUUUUAGACAUAUUUACGGAUAGAGACGGCUCUUUUAGAAAGAAACGAUGUAUGAAAAAAUGUCUAGCUGGCCAGAAACAUUAAAUAGUCUUGACAUCUAGAAGGUGCAUCAAGUUCUUGACCGAGAAAGUCCAAGCGCGUAGUGUCCCAGCGUGGACCUCUUUGCUUGUAGAAGAUAAGGACAGUGUAACUGGAUUGUAGAUUGUAACCGGUGCUGGAUUUUAUGCUGAGACAUGCGAAACAAUAGCUCUGGGAAUUGUAAGAAGAAAGACCAUGGAAAAGUCAAGUAGUGAGGAUUCCUCAAUCCACCGGAGUCCAUCUGUGGACAGUAGAGACUCAGCUAAACCAUCUACCUCAGGCAGGGAGUUUGGUAGAGGAUUCACUGCUGGAGCUUUUUUUGGUACUUCUGGAUCUCGCGGCCAGACCAAUUCCGGUGUGAAAACGGACAAGUGUUCUACAACCAAGGGGGGAAAAUACGUGGUCUUUUAUCUGGAUCUAUCAUUUGUUUUCCUUCUAGAAUUUAAGAAGUGCAACAUGGCAAGAGGCUGUCUCUGUUGUUUGAAAUACAUGAUGUUCCUGUUUAACUUAAUAUUUUGGCUCUGCGGCUGUGGACUAUUAGGAGUGGGAAUAUGGCUGUCGGUAUCGCAAGGAAACUUCGCGACGUUUUCUCCCAGUUUUCCAUCACUUUCAGCUGCAAAUCUAGUGAUUGCCAUCGGGACAAUCGUGAUGGUGACUGGUUUUCUUGGCUGCUUGGGUGCUAUCAAGGAAAACAAGUGCCUACUGUUAAGCUUUUUCAUCAUUUUGCUGAUAAUCCUUUUGGCAGAGCUGAUUAUGCUCAUCCUCUUCUUUGUGUAUAAGGAUGAGAUCAACGAAAAUGCAAAGAAGGAUCUGAAAGAAGGUUUAUUGCUUUACAAUACGGAAAAUAACGUUGGACUGAAGAACGCGUGGAACAUUAUUCAGGCUGAAAUGCAGUGCUGCGGAGUUACAGAUUACACAGAUUGGUAUCCGGUAAUGGGCGACAACCGCGUUCCAGAUCGGUGCUGCAUGGAGAAUUCCCAGGACUGCGGUCACAAUUCCACCGGUUUAGUGUGGAAAACGGGUUGCUACGAGAAAGUGAAGAUGUGGUUUGACGACAAUAAGCACGUUCUUGGCACAAUCGGAAUGUGCAUCCUCAUAAUACAGAUCCUUGGCAUGGCCUUCUCCAUGACACUCUUCCAGCAAAUACACAGGACUGGUAAAAAAUACGACGCCUGAGGUCUUCUACAGGACAAUUGCAUCAACAUAAUUUGCCAUAAAAAAAAAAAAAUGAACAAGGCCCAAGAAAGAAAAACAAAAACCGCAAAAAAAAAACACUGUCCCGAACCCCGAAAUGCGUCCCACUAACCCGACUUCGUUACUUGACUCAUGUUUCUGCGUUAUUGCAUUUUGCUAUUAAUUUGCCAAAGAAGGAACUAUAUACAAAAAAAAAGUCUCUGCCGACCUGCUCUAACAAUCUUCUUGAACUCGAAAGAAGAAGCUUUGCUUACUGAUACGCUUAAAACUUUUACCAGUACGAUACGGAUGAUAAGCUUUGGCUUCGGUCAACAGAAGACAACGAAGAGGAAGACGUUACAGCCAUUGAUAAACCGGUAACCAAACUCAGAGGCUGCCGGUUUGCAUGGAUGGACUGCGAUUUUUUUUUUUUUUUUUGUACUUAACUGAAUAUGUUUUGUUACUGACUUAGAUUAGUUCUAGCAAACUCAUUUACGUGUAUUUUAUUUUUUUUAUUAUUCAUCCUAUUUUAAUCCAAAAAAAAAUACCGUGUGAUCUCAAAAGGAUGCGGUCGACGUAAAAAAACAAAAAUGAUUACUUUUACGUUCAGAGACAUGAAGGGGAACGGGAGCGCUUCGUUAAGUAUCUGAUCUUCAAAUACCCCCCGUUGGUUUUUGAAUUGUUUUCCUAAGGUAGGUGGCGGUGUUUUGGAGAAAAUGAAGAUAUUCUGGAUUAUGAUGAACUAGAAGUAAAAUAUUUUCACAAAUCA